AUGGCGGCCACCAUCGUGAGCUCCGCCGGACUUCGUCUCAACGCCCGCGCCAGGUCUUCGGGCGCCGCGAGCAGCAGGGUCGUCGCGAGGUGCGAAUCGUUGCCUUCGCAAAUCCGUCCUCCACGCCUCGUUCUUCCCCUCGCGCCGCACGCCACCCGCGAUGGCCCCGACGCUGACGCAUCCGGCCCGCGUCUCCCUUCCGAUCUCAGGGGUGUGACCCUUCGUACCCAGCAUGUCGCUCCCGCGCGCCUCUCGCGCGCGUCCCUCGUCACGCGCGCCGUCGCCACCCCCGCGCCGGUGACCGUCCCCGAGCCCGAGCAGAGGGUGGCCAUCUCCGCCCCCCGUCCCGACGUCGCCAUGCCCAACAUGCAGGACCCGUGGAACGACCCGAAGUGGAAGGACACCAAGUGGACCGUGUACCGCGACGUCGCGUACGACCUCCAGCCCUUCUACGACAAGCACCCGGGCGGCGAGUGGCUCCUCAACCUCGCCAUCGGCCGCGACUGCACCGCGCUCAUCGAGUCCUACCACCUGCGUCCCGAGGUGUCCACCGCGAGGUUCAACAAGCUCCCCGUGCUCGAGGAUUUCCCCGUCACCGCGGUGCCCAGGGCGCCCAGGCCCAACGACUCUCCCCUUUACAACUCCAUCCGCGAUAGAGUUCGCAAGGAGCUGUUCCCCAGGGAGGGUAAGAUGGAGCACAGGAUGGGCGGCGACGGCGCGGCGGCGACCAUCGUCGGCACCGCCGUCGCGUGUUACGCACUCUACGCCAACUUCACCGGACCCAUCGCGGGCGCGAUGCUGGGCCUCGCCGGGGCGUGGAUCGGCCUGACCAUUCAGCACUGCGGGAACCACGGCGCGAUGAGCCCGAAGACGUGGGUGAACAACGCUCUCGGCAUGACCGACGACCUCAUCGGGGGGUCGUCGCUGAUGUGGCGGUACCACCACCAGGUGAGCCACCACAUCCACUGCAACGAUAACGCCCUGGAUCAGGACGUCUACACGGCCAUGCCCCUGCUGCGGUUCGACGCGAGGCAGCCGAAGAAGUGGUUCCACAGGUUCCAGCACAUCUACCUCUUCGCGGCGUUCCCCCUGAUGCAGCUGGCGUUCCAGGUUGGCGACAUCAAGGGCUUGUUCACGCGAGAUUGCGAGGGCGCCAAGCUCCACGGCGCCACCGCGCUGGAGCUCGCCACAGUCGUGAUCGGUAAGAUCGCGCACUUCGGACUGCUCCUGGGCCCCCUCGCGUGGGGCGCGUCCGGAGCGGCGGUCGCGGCGGGCGUCGCGAGCUUCAUCGCGGUGCAGGGCAUGGUGCUGGCGUGCACCUUUGCCGUGUCGCACAACGUGGCUGAGACGAAGGUUCCGGAGGACACCGGCGGCGAGGCGUGGGAGCGCGACUGGGGGAUCCAGCAGCUCGUGACGUCCGCGGACUGGGGCGAUAAGGUCGGUAACUUCUUCACCGGUGGGCUCAACCUGCAGGUGGAGCACCACCUCUUCCCCGCGAUCUGCUUCGUGCACUACCCGGCCAUCCGCAAGAUCGUGGCGGAGGAGGCUGAGAAGUUCGGGGUGCCUUACGCCAACUACAGGACUCUUCCGGGGAUCUUCGCGGAGUUUCUCAAGUUCGUGAAGGACAUGGGCACGGCGGAUCAGAUCGGCGACGUCGUCGAGGCGAAGCACAAGAACAAGUCCAUGUGCCCCCUCGGCUUUGCGUAG